AGAAUGAAAACAACAAGAGCUAACCAAGAGAAAGUGAGGGGGGGGGGGGGGAGAGAGAGAGAGAGAGAGAGAGAGAGAGAGAGAGAGAGAGAGAGAGAGAGAGAGAGAGAGAGAGAGAGAGAGAGAGAGAGAGAGAGAGAGGGGGAGAGAGAGAGAGAGAGAGAGAGAGAGAGAGAGAGAGAGAGAGAGAGAGAGAGAGAGAGAGAGAGAGAGGGAGAGAGAGAGAGAGAGAGAGAGAGAGAGAGAGAGAGAGAGAGAGAGAGAGAGAGAGAGAGAGAGGACUUGAGGGGGAAAGAGAGAGGACUUGAGGGGGAAAGAGAGAGGACGCGCGGGAGAAAGAGAGAGGACGCGAGGGGGAACGCAAGAGGACGCGAGGGGCAAAAUAGAGAGGGGAUGGGAGG